AGCAUUAAUAAGUUAACAACCUGAAGGUUAGGGGUAAUCGUUCAACUCACAAGUUGUUUUGAUUGCAUCCAACGCUAGACAACGCCUUCAAUCAUGGAGGCAGAGGUUGAGUUUUUACGUGAUCAAGUUCACAGACUAAAUUCUGUUCUCCGUCAGUACCAGUAUGAACACCGCACUCAGUCAACACCAUCUCAGCCUGAGGAAGCAAGACCUCCUUCACCCUGGAUCUCAGAUAGAAGUAUAAUGGCUCCUCUGAUAGUGGAGUACGAUCAGCACAUUGGUGAAAUGACUGAACAGCUGCAGAGAUACCAGGGGCUGAUGUCAGAUGUCAAAGUGAAGUUGGAGACGAUUGUUGAGGAAAAUGAAAGGCUACAUGCAGAGCUCAGGGAGGCGGUUGAGAAGCAGCUUCAUGCCCUGCCUGCGGCUUCAGGAGCGGAGGGCGGCAUGACGGAGGAAGAAACGGCCAUCCGAAACCUCCGAGAACAGGUCCAGCUGUUUGAUCAGGAGCGGUUGCAGGCCAUGGAGCUGUGGCAGACUGCAGCCCAAGAGCUGGACCUCCUCCAACAGACCUACCAGAAGAAUAUCUCCGAUGGACAGAUGCAUGAUACUCAGAGACAGCAGCUCAAGGAUCAGCUCGUUCAGUUCCAGCAGCACACACACAAACUUCAAGUGGCCAAUCAGAAAUUGGAAUCAACUAACCAGCAGUUUCUGAAGACGGUGACGGAGCAGAGCACGGAGAUGGAGGAGCUGCACAGCCAGCUCAGGCAGGCGAAGGCUGAGCUGAGGACUUCCACAGCCAGAGUGGAAGAGAUGACCAAACUGCUACAAAAUGUGCAGGGCCAAAUGCAGAGACGGGCGGAGGAUGUGGUAGAGGCUCAGGGCAGAGAGGAAGCAGCAGACAGACGACUCCAACAACUUCAGGCGGUCUUGAGCCAGCAAGAGGCCAGACUAAAAGCUGCAUCUCAUGAGGCUGAGGCAGUUCGCAGAGAUCAAGCUGUGUGGGAAAGAAAGGUUGGCGAACUCCAGUCACGUUGUACCACACUAGAAGAGGAGAAGUAUGAGGCCCUGGCCAAAGUCCGAGAGAGUGUUCAGGUGGCCGAAGAGGCUGCACUGCAGAAAGACCAGGCCCUGUUGAGAGAGAAGCAGAAGACAGAGGAGCUUGAGAAGACGAAGGAGGCCAUCAAACAGUUGAUCCAGGAUGCCGCAGUCCGCACUAGAAAGGAGGUGGAUAAUGUGCGUAAGCAGUGCAACUCUCAAAUUAACCGUAUGGCCGAAGAGCUGUCUGCGCUGCAGCUGGAGUGUGCAGAUAAAGAGUCUCGGAUUGAAAAGUCCCUGCGGGAGAGAAAAGCUGUAGAGGAGGAGCUGGAGAAGGUCUAUAAGGACGGCAGGGCCGAGCCAGAGUUCAGGACGAUGGAUGCCCUUCACCAGAGGUGUCUGGAUGCAGAGAGGAUGAAGGAAGACAUGAGCCUCACUCUGCAGAGCACACAGAAGCAACUGAAAAAGAUGGAGAUGGACUACAGCGAGGAGCUGCUGCGGUGCCAGGAGGAAGUGCGGCGGCUGCAGGGCUCUCUGGCUGCAGCCCGGGACGACUGCGUCGGUGUCAGCGAUGAGCGGCUCCAGCUGCAACGGGAGAACCUGCAGCUCCACAAGGAGAUGGAGGAGAUGCGCAAGGCUCUGUUGCUGGUCCAAAGGAAGGCAAAAAAACAGCUCCUACAGAUGGAGCAGGAGUACGACCUUAAGGAGCAGGGACUUGAUGCACGCGUGCAGGAGCUGGAGGAAAGCAGCCGAAACUCCAGGGCUGAUCUGACGCGCCUCCUUCAAGCACAGCAAAAAAGUAACCAGCGCUUAAAAGAAGAGGCCAAGAACCUUGUAUCGGCCUUUGAGACUAAAAUCACUGCCCUCAAAGGAGAGCUGAAUCGGCACAAGCAGUGUUCACACAAGCUGGAGAUGCAGCUUGAAACUUACCACAACACUGUCGCUGAGUAUGAGAGGCAGCUAGAAGAGUAUCAGGAGAAGGCGAGUCGUCUUCAGAAACGACUUACACAAGCUGAACUAAAGGCGACUACAGCUACACAACAGCUGACUAUGUUAGCGUCCCAGCGAAGGAAAGCAGCCGCGAUGGAUCCAGAGACUUUAUAACAGCGACUUUAUGCGAUUGUGGAAUGAAUAUGUAGCUAUGUGUGUUUAGCUCGUUUUGGUAAUACAGUAUCACAAUGUUUGCCAAAUACAUAAGACAACAACAGUGGUGUCUGUGAUCUGGUUAUUAGAUGGAAAUUUUCAUGCAGUAAUGUGCCAAAUUUGGUGAUUUAUAUUUAUACGUGUUGAACGUGUCUGAAGUGUGGUAUGUACAGCAAACUCUGCUACAACUACAAAAUAAACCAAUAGACCCUGUU